AUGUUCGUAAAGAACGUGCAUUACGCUCUUUGGUCCUUCUGCUUUAUCAUAUUCCUGAUUCUGAUUGCAGCGAUGAUUUGCCUCUGCAGGAUCCGUAAAUCAAAAUCGGGCUCAAAAGUUACAGGAGCGUUUUUAUAUAACCUCCUGUUUCUACAAAUGAUAUGGAUGUUUGGAGCAAUUGGGUCAAUGUCUGGAAAUGAAUAUCCUUGGCAACCUUCUCUUCAAGAUGGCUGGGAGCCAGGGGAUAGGUUAUUCAUCAUGUUUUUAGCUAUUGUCGAGUUUAUCACUGUAAUAUUUAAUCUGAUUCCUUACUACCAAACCUUUAAAAUAAUAAAGGAAGGAAACCCAGAUACUAUUGUACCUUGCACAUCAACUAUUCCGAUCGUAAGAUUUAUAAAGAAUAUUCUUUUCUGAUUGAUGUUUUUCACAUAUCUUGGAGGUGCAGGAUGGGCUAGCGCUAAAUUCAUGCAAGAGAAAAUCUCUUCUGAUGAAUAUUUUGAGAUUAUGUCUUGGGCUAAUAUUGUAGGCUCAUUAAUAGGCCCAAUUUUGGUCAUCUUCUACACUAUUUUAUUCUGUGGAAUCGGAAAUCUAAACGGAAAGUUCAAAACUUCGUUCUUUAUGAUAUUAAUAGUAAACUUUGUUUGGACAGCUGCAAGACUAGCUCGAGGAAUCCAAGGACUUUCAAACCCAGAUCUACUUCAUGAUCUCGUAUCCGAACAGAGUACAAGCACACUUGUUGAAAGGUCUAUAAUUUAUUUCGUGACCACAAUUAUGCCAUACAUCUCCUUAGUAACCCCUCUGAUAUACUCCUCCUUCUUCCUGUACAAAUCCAAAAAUGAGAACAAGCAUGAUGCGUUGCUCCCUUACAACCAAGGGGAUACCAAUGAUUCGUCAAGUCCUUUGGCUGGCCAAAUACCUAAUCAGUUCCAAUAA